GAUGAUGAUGAUGGCGGUUCUGCCGGUUUCCUUGAGAGCGGAGAGAGUGGGAGGCUCUGUGGAGGUUGGGGCGUCCCUGAGGGGUUGUUCUGCUGCCAGGAGGUCCCUUUUGCAAGGUCCUGGGUGUUGAGUGUGACCAGAAGAUAGGCCUGUGCCUGCUCCCUUAGGCUGAAGGGAAGGUUCCCUCAGGGGUUCCAGGGCUUGGUAGAGCUGUUGGUUGUCUUUCUCCCACACAACCUCUGCUUAAGCCCUGAGCCACUUCAUAAGCUGUGCUGCUGGAGCCCUUGCUGCUCGACCUUCCUUCCUUGUGUUGCUUCUGUUCUCAGGAAAGUCUCUCUCUGCCUGGAGACUUUUAAAAAAAAAGUCUCCAGGCAGGGAGAAAGCUCAGCACAGAUGGGCCUUUGGAAGCAUGGCUCUGAGUGCUGCCUGCUCUCCUUACGUUAAUUUUCCUCAGGUUUUUUAAUGUUCUAUCACAAGAGGCUGUCCAGCUGGAAGGUGCUUGGAACCAGAUUUUAGGGUGUUGUGUUUCAGUGGUGCUAAUAGUUAAUUAUACAAAGCUAAAGGAAUUGUGAUGUGAUGAGAUGAUGCUUAAAUUGUUUAUGUGUAUGUUUGUGGUUUCAUGCCAGUAGUUAAUGCUUUGUAACCUGGGUAGCUCACAAAAUAAAAUGCCUGAUAACAGCAGAAUGCCAAGAUGUAGUUGUAGUAACCCCUUGGAGGCAAGAUUUAGGGCAAUACAAUUGCAUAAGUAAGGCUGACCCUCAGGGAGUGAUCUCUAUAUAUUGUAAAGUUUUAAGUAGGCCAGGUGAUGUCUUUAAAAAACUCUGUGAAGGGUAAAGUAAAAUAGUGAGUAGAGAUGGGUUGACUUCACAUUUCCUUUGCUGUUUUUGCCCUUCUUUCUGUGCUCACUCUGCUGAAUGUGUUUAUUUUGGAGCACCAUGACACAGCGCAUAACACUGUGACAAAUGAAGUGCUGAUGUGAAAAUAAUAAUUGCAUAUAAAAUAUGGUUGUACUUAUGUUGCCAAAGAGAAGAUUCAGAACCACAUUGAUGUUGUUUUUCAGGCAUUUGCUGUUUUGGCUCACAAUAGCUCCGCACUUUGCCAGGGAAAUGCAAAUCAAUCCUGCCAAGUUCAAGCUUCUGUUGGAAAAGGAACUGCCUUGUCAUUGUUGUCCUGUUUAUGGGAGUCUGAGCUGGUCUAAGGCUAGCAAAGGAUACCUGAAGAGUUUCUGGAGAAACCUGGAAUCUUGAAAUUCAGUACUGGUCCGAAAAUGCUAAGAGGAAUGGAAGGCUGCUCGGGAAACUAAAUAAAUAAAGGGUGACCGUGAAGUUCAAGAACAGGUUUGAAGUUCUCAUCUAAAAGAUUGGAGCAAAGCACAGCAAUAAAUGUGCAGUUCUUGGAAAUUGUUAAUGACUGACAAAGGUUCUGCUCGGAGACUGAUACUCGGCAUUGCCUUCAUAUCUGCAGAAAGGGGUCAGCUUGACCGGGAAGAAUGAAGAGUGGAUUAGGGAGAUUGCACAGAAAAAUCUAGCAAAACUUCAGGCUUUAGUAAAGCUCCUCUGUGGCGUGAUUGCAACCAUUCAAACUAGGAUGAAUAUGUAUCUCCACGUAAUUGAAAGCUGGUUUAGCUACAGAUUAAUAAACAGCUGAAGUUGUUACAUGCCCUUCCUGCAGAUUUGGGGAUUGCUGGUAAAACUGCAGUGGAGAGUUAAUGCUCAGGCAUUAGAGUGGCUGUACCAGACCAGUUUUUAACUGCGGGACUGACUUCAUAAUCUGUUUCUAAGAACUAGGGAAGUCUUCUCACACCACAGCUUCAACCUCCAAGACCUCUCUCUCAUGCCUAGGCCUUCCCUGCUGCAGCUGCAUCACCUGGAGGUUACACUGAUGGGGAGAUGCUGUAGGGGAGAGGAGCAGACCCUGAAGCAGCAGAAAGAAACCAGAUUUUUCUGAGGAAAUACAGCAGCACGAUCUCCCGUACAAGAGCAGAUCACUCACCAGUAAACCGAGCCAAGAUGCUGCCAGAUGUUGCUAAUCCAGCAUCAUGCAUUUUUACCUGCUUCGGGAGAUAUUUGGAGAACAGGAGGGCGCAUCAUCAUUACCAAGCCAGGGCCCUCCUGCUCCUGCAGGACCCCGUGUGCUCACCCACCGGGACGUGGACUUUGAAGAUGGGAUGAAGUGACACAGUGACAGAACCUGCAGGCAGAGGAACUUGUGAAAGUGACACAGCUGUGCUGUAGAAAAGCCAGCCUACAGACUUUGCUGCCAGAGGAACUUUGCUGCCAGCUCUGAGAGACCCUAGAGCGGGAUUGCCGGAGAACAUGGAGCGAGAACCGAUGCGCAUAAGGGAGGGCUACUUAGUUAAGAAGGGCAGCAUGUUUAAUACCUGGAAGCCGAUGUGGGUCGUGCUCUUAGAUGAUGGAAUUGAAUUCUACAAGCGGAAGGCUGACAACAGCCCCAAAGGGAUGAUCCCACUGAAAGGAAGCUCUAUUAACAGCCCAUGUCAAGAUUUUGGCAAAAGAAUGUUUGUCUUCAAGCUCACUGCAGCCAAGCAGCAGGACCACUUUUUUCAAGCUUCCUACCUGGAGGAGAGAGAUGCCUGGGUCCGGGAUAUAAAGAAGGCAAUUAGUUGCAUAGACGGAGGCCAAAGGUUUGCUAGAAAAUCCACAAGAAAGUCUAUCAGACUGCCUGAAACAAUCAACCUGAGUGCUUUGUACCUCUCAAUGAAAGAUCCUGAAAAGGGAAUAAAGGAGUUGAAGCUGGAAAAAGAUAAAAAAGUGUUCAACCACUGCUUUACAGGCGCCUCUGUGAUUGACUGGCUGGUGUCUAGCAACUCCAUCCGAAAUCGAAAAGAAGGUCUGAUGCUUGCCUCUUCCCUCCUGAGCGAAGGCUACCUACAGCCUGCAGGAGAUACAUCCAAGGCUGCUGCUGAAGGGCUGUCAGACACCCCCUUCUUAGAUCUCAGUGAUGCCUACUAUUACUUUCCAGACAGUGGGUUUUUCUGCGAGGGAAAUUCUAGUGAUGAUGAUGUGGUCCUGAAAGAAGAGUUCAGAGGCAUAGUAGUCAAACAAGGAUGUUUGCUGAAACAGGGACAUCGGAGGAAGAACUGGAAAGUGAGAAAGUUUGUUUUAAGAGACGACCCUGCAUAUCUUCACUACUAUGAUCCCGCUGGAGGAGAAGAACCCCUAGGAGCAAUUCACUUGAGAGGCAGUGUGGUGUCAGCAGUGGAAGAUAUGCCAGACUCCAAGAAGUACGAUGUUGACAACAUCCUCUUUGAGAUCAUCACGGCAAAUGAAAUCCACUAUUACUUGCAAGCAGCCUCAUCCGCAGAGCGCACGGAGUGGAUCAGAGCAAUUCAGGCAGUUUCUAGGACUGGAAAAUGAAGAUCUGCCAGCAAGAAGACAGACAGCUGAAAUUAGUUACUCAAAACAAAAGCGGGAAUUUUAGCAUUUUACCAAGAGAAAGCAAUUUCAUCCAGAAGGGCAUCCUAAGGCUUGUGGGCCGGGGGUGAGGGCAGGGAGUAAGUUUUAAUUCUGUAGUGGGCACUAACAAACUAACAUUUUUCCGCUUGUGUUAUGGUAAUAUUGCACUAAAUUAUAGCAUAGAACAUGCCAUGCUAGUGUGUGCUUCUUAGCCUAAUCAGUCUACCUUGGGAAGGCUGUACUUUCCCUGCUGCCACAGCUGAUAGUGAGAAUUUCACCAUUAACAGGGGACAGUCCUGUCACUGACUGUGAGGAACUCAACUAGUCACCUACCCUUCAGCCUGUGUUGUGUUUCAAGAUAAUCAAACAUUUCAAUGUCUUCCCAAGACAAACUUCACACUUUCUUCUUCACCAGAUUUUUCUACUGCUUGUUCACCUAUACAAGUAAUGCUGUAGAUUUAAGGAAAGAAAUCAACUCACUUGGAAGCCUGAUCCACUCCUUUAUUAUCCUUCAGUGUUAAGGGAGGGAAGAGUGCAGGCAGGUAGGGGAAUACCACAUGGAAAGCAAGAAAACUCAAUGACAGUGGUAUGAGGAAAAGCUUCUUUCCACUGUGUUUCAAACACUCAGUUCAACUUCUUUAUCACCUGGUUUUGACUUUGCUAAAUUUCUCCACAAGAAUCUGCUUCAUUGUCCAAUAGGACAUUGUUUCCCUUCACUUUAGGUCUCCAAAACAGUUGCUAGGGUGUCACGUACUGCUGAUUUGACCUGGAUUUGAAUUAAGAAUCUCACAGGAGAAGGGAAAGGGAUUCGUGGGUUACUUAUUUGAACUACUGCUUGAAGUGGUUUCAUUUAGGUUUUGCUUUUUAACCUGCAGCAACACACUCAGUCCUUGGUUCUGUGCCUUAGUAAUAUAAAUGAAACGUUACGCUUACUAUAACUGAAAUAAACAUUAUUGUUUGACAGGGUCAGUUUACCUGA